CUCUCUCUAUAUAUAGUUAUCAAUAUCUGCGUAAGUUUUCUUCAAAUUCCCAAACCUCUUUCUCCGAACAAGAAAAGAAAAGAAAAGAAUUCAAAGGAAACGUCAAAGCAACUCGCAUUCUAUUCUUCUUCAUCAUCAGAUUCCCUAUUUCUUUGCCCUAGAUUUUCUCCCCUCUCUCAUAUCACCGCCUUUCCGAUCAUUGAUUCCUGAAUUGCUCUUCCUCUUAGGGUUCCUUCGUUCUUUCGAUGGACUCCGAGGAUGAUAUGCACGACGCCAACGACAUCGAGUCCCUUGACGACGAUUUCUACAGUGGCGAGACCGAGGAUGCUCCCAUUGAUUACUACAGCGACUACGAUGACGACGCCGAUGAUUACUUCGAAGAUGCCGAUAGGGUUGAGUCUCGUCGCCCGGAGCAAAAUUUCACCAUCUUGAAGGAAUCCGAUAUCCGAUUAAGACAAGAAGAAGACAUCACAAGAGUAGCAACGGUUCUUUCCAUUUCAAGAGUUUCUGCCAGCAUACUACUUCGUCACUACAAUUGGAGCGUCAGUAAAGUCCAUGAUGCAUGGUUUGCUGAUGAAGAUGGAGUCCGAAAAGCAGUUGGCUUGUUGGAGACGCCAGUUGUCCAGCAUUCUAAUGCUAGAGAGCUUACUUGUGGCAUCUGUUUUGAAAAUUAUCCUCGUGCUAGGAUUGAAAUGGCUUCUUGUGGUCAUCCCUACUGUGUCUCAUGCUGGGAAGGAUAUAUUGGCACGUCCAUUAAUGAUGGUCCUGGAUGUUUGAUGCUGAGAUGUCCUGAUCCCACUUGUGGUGCUGCUGUUGGUCAGGAUAUGAUUAAUCUAUUAGCAUCCAAAGAAGAUAAACAUAAGUAUGCCCGGUAUCUUCUUAGAUCUUAUAUUGAAGACAAUAAGAAGUCCAAGUGGUGUCCCGCUCCUGGUUGUGAAUAUGCAGUUACUUUUGAUGCUGGUAGUGGAAAUUAUGAUGUCAGUUGCCUCUGUUCAUAUAGCUUUUGUUGGAAUUGCACUGAGGAGGCUCACCGUCCAGUAGACUGUGGCACUGUGGGAAAGUGGAUUUUGAAGAACAGUGCAGAGUCUGAAAACAUGAACUGGAUACUUGCUAACUCAAAGCCAUGUCCCAAGUGCAAGCGACCGAUUGAAAAAAAUCAAGGGUGCAUGCACAUGACAUGCACUCCACCGUGUAAAUUUGAAUUUUGCUGGCUAUGCGUUGGUGCAUGGUCAGACCAUGGUGAAAGAACUGGUGGUUUCUAUGCUUGCAAUCGUUAUGAAGCAGCUAAACAAGAGGGAGUGUAUGAUGAUACUGAAAGAAGAAGAGAAAUGGCAAAGAAUUCGUUGGAGAGGUACACACAUUAUUAUGAGCGGUGGGCCAGCAAUCAAUCCUCAAGGCAAAAAGCUCUUGCAGAUCUACAUCAGAUGCAAACUGUUCAUAUUGAGCAGCUUAGUGACACGCAGUGCCAGCCUGAGUCACAGCUUAAGUUCAUAACUGAGGCCUGGCUACAGAUAGUUGAGUGUAGGCGAGUGCUGAAAUGGACGUAUGCGUAUGGGUUCUAUUUACCUGAGCAUGAGCAUGCAAAAAAACAGUUCUUUGAGUACUUACAAGGUGAAGCAGAAUCUGGCCUGGAGAGACUUCAUCAAUGUGCCGAAAAGGAACUACAGCCAUUCCUCAGUGCUGAUGGCCCAUCCAAAGAAUUCAACGACUUUCGGACAAAGCUAGCUGGAUUGACUAGUGUGACUAGAAACUACUUUGAGAAUUUAGUUAGGGCAUUAGAGAAUGGUCUAUCUGAUGUGGAUAGUAAUGGAGCUGCCUUCAGCAAAGCAACAAGCUCAAAAAAUUCUCCAGGGAGCAGCAAGGGGAGAGCUGGAAGAGGAAAGGGAACUUUUCGCGGAAGAAUGUCUGAUGAUAAUCAUUGGUUUUGUGAGCAUUGUACCUAUGCAAAUGUCAAAUCUGCUACCAUAUGCCAGAUUUGCAAUCAACAGCCGCGAUGAAAAUUUGGGUUAUCCAUUAGCAACACUUGUCUCCUGCCCCCCCAAGGCCUUCGCACCAAAAGCUGAGUUGGAGUUUUUACUCUUUUUAUGUCUAGUUAUAUGCUGGGCUCCAUUUUGUGAGGCUAUUAAACAUGUCAACAAGAUAAGGGAGCAAGGCUUGGAAGAAAGGUUGCCCUCCUCGCAGUCCUAUUCAAUACACAACCCAAUUUGUUGUAUAUAGUGUUCUGUCUUAAUACUUACGUGUGGGGGUUCUGCUACAGGCUUUUGUAACUGAAUAUCAUAACACAACAGAUGCUGAAGAUGAGCACAGAUAUGCUUAUCUGUGUCCCUUAAUUUCUUUCAGUUCAGUUAGUCUCUCUUGGCAGCUUCUUUGAGAUACCUAGAGUUAGUCUUGUAUGAGCUCGGGGUUUGGUUACUUUUUAAGAAAUCAUGAUAAGGGACUCAAAUAAAUUCUAUGCCAUAUCACUUGAAAUUUUUAGCACCUUUGUAAACUUUGUGCCUGCUAACC